CUGCCUGGUCCUGUUCCGACCAUGGAGUUGGGGAAGUCGACUGACGAUCGAGGCACAGUCGAUUUGGUUGUCGACGUGCCGCACAGCCAUGGGGAUCGUACAGCGCGUGCUGGACUGGCCGCACUUGCCCAUGGUUGUGUUCAACUUGAUCUUGCCGUUGGCCAUCUUUAACAUCGCCAAGGAACACACGACCCAGAUCGUGGCGGUGUUUCUGUCGGGGAUUCCUCCCAUGGUCAAGACGCUCGUGCAGGUCUUUGCCUACAACAAGAAGGACGUGAUCUCGAUUGUCCAGAUCAUCUCGACGUCGUUCUCGGUCGUCAUCAUGCUCUUCACAGACGAUGCCAAGGUGCUUCUCGUCAAGGACUCGCUGUCCACCGUCACGAUCGGAAUCCUCUACUUUCUGUCGGUCGCGUACUUUCACGAAGACAUGUUUUUCACGUUCCGCCGGCACUUUACGUCGAGAAGCCCGGAAGAAAUGGACGCGAUGUACAUGUUGCCCCAUGUCCGGCAAACGUCGCGGCACCUGUCCAUCGUCUGGGGCUUCGGUAUGAUCAUCGAAGCAAGCAUACGCAUUGCGCUCAUCGUGCUCCUGUCUGUUCAAACCAUGGUGUAUGUGUCCCCCAUCAUCCCAAUGGUGUGCUUUUGGCCGCUCGGGUUUUGGUCGUUCAAGUAUUUGCAAGCGCACGAAACAAAAGCGGGCGAGGUGGGCAAACCGUUGCUCUCCACGUCGAAAGAAGUCGACUACCAAGUCGACAGUCUGGCGUAAACAGUCUACUGACCCUUGUAAUGUACUUAGUCUUAAGAGUCUUCCUUCGUCGCGAUGGUGUCCGCGCGCUCGGCGGUGAUGCUGGCCUAAUCCGUUGCAUUCUCUGGUACUUCGUUGGCCAAAAAAAUCGUAUUUUUAAAUAAAUCGUC